AGGAAGGCCAAGUGCUCAGUGAUCAUUACAAGUUACUUCCAGUUGACCUGCGUGAUAUACCAAAAUUAAGAGAUGUUAUAUCCUUUGCAGAUAUGGAUCCAAGUCUGCCGACAUUUAUUAUUGCAGAAUGUGUUUUGAUUUAUCUGGACCCCGUUUCAAGCCGUGCCAUCGUCAAUUGGGCCUCAAAAAUGUUUACUACUGCAGUAUUUUUCUUAUAUGAGCAGAUCCAUCCAGAUGAUGCAUUUGGACAUCAAAUGAUUAGAAAUUUGGAGAGUCGGGGGUGUGCACUCUUAAGCAUUGAUGCAUCACCAACUUUACUUGCAAAGGAGAGAUUGUUUCUUGACAACGGAUGGCAGAGGGCUGUUGCCUGGGACAUGCUAAAAGUGUAUGGUAGUUUUGUUGAUACUCAAGAAAAACGCAGGAUCGAGCGAUUGGAGUUGUUUGACGAAUUUGAAGAGUGGCACAUGAUGCAGGAACAUUACUGCGUCGCAUAUGCUGUCAAUGACGCAGUGGGAAUAUUUGGAGAUUUCGGUUUCACAAGAGAAGGGGGCAGUGAAAGUGAAAGCAUGAGCAUCUCAUCAGCAUCAUCACCCUGAAAAAGGAGGAGAGUUUUGUAUUGCAUGGGAUCCCCGGAAAUUGCUGCAACUGGUACAUUAGUUUAAACCUAUUUCUCAGUUGGUGG